GCGUUGCGGUGCGACACGAUGGUAAUCGCACGUUCGUGACUGUAGCCUGAAAAUAUUUUUGCGGAUGACGUUUUCUCUCGCGCGGCCGAGAUCAUCGGAGGGACGAUACGUUUUACGGUUGUUAUUACGCGUCUGACGUGCGCGCGGGGUUCAGCGUUAUUAUCCGCGGUGUUAUCGCCGGGCGGACUUGUGUGCAAUGGAGAGUAUAUUUCACGAGAAGCAAGAGGGAUACCUGUGCGCCCAGCACUGCCUGAACGCGCUUCUACAAGGCCCGUACUUCAACGCCGUCGAUCUGGCAAACUUCGGCCACCAGAUGGACGAGGAGGAGAGGAUCCGGAUGGCCGAGUCGGGCGUUGACAGCGAGGAUUACAAGCUGUUCCUCGAGCAACCAUCGGGAAACAUGGACGACAGCGGAUACUUUUCAGUUCAAGUUAUUAGCAGUGCUUUGAAAGUUUGGGGUUUAGAACUGAUUCCAUAUAACAGCACGGAACCGACAGCUUUACUGGCACAGAACGAUCCUUCUGGCGAUGUAAUUUUCAGGCGGAUGAGAGCGUAUAUUUGUAAUUAUAAGGGACAUUGGUUUACAAUAAGAAAACUCGGAAGUCAGUGGUUUAAUUUAAAUUCAAUGCUUAGCGGACCCCAGCUUAUAUCAGACACAUACCUCACAAUGUACCUAGCUCAAUUAUUACAAGAAGGUUAUUCUAUUUUUAUUGUUAUCGGCACCUUUCCGCAAUGUCCCGCCGAGGAUGUACUUCUGAAAAAUCCCAUAGUUGCGACGAAAAACAAUUCAAACUCGGAGUCGAAAACCACGUCGAAAGGCAAUCGCUUAGGCACCAAGCUAGAAGACGAAAUCUUGAAAACCGCUCUUGCGAUGGGUGAAGUGAAGGUCCCGCAAUCCUCGAGUGCAAUCAGCGACGUGUCCUCGUUCUCGCACAAACCUGGACUAUCCACGGACGAACCUCGCGAAAGGAUAAUCCCCAUAAGAAUUGAGGGCAGGGAAGAGAAGAGCGACGAGGAGGAGGACGAAAAUGUGCAAUUAGCUAGGGCCCUGCAAAUGAGUUUGCAGAAUGACGAGGACGAUGUGGACAAGACGCUAAAAUUGAGACUGGAUCUUCACACCGACGACAAGACGACGCAUUUAAAAGAGAUGGCGAACGACACCGACGAGGAUGACGAGCUGAGACGAGCGCUGCAGCUGAGUCUCGAGUGUGUCACCGCCCCACCAACCCCCGAUCCCGAAGAUCUACGCUGGCGUCGGCUGAAUCACUUCGGCAUCUACACAAGGGCGUCCAACAGUGAGACCCCCGCGAAGCUGAACACUUAACAAUAAGCAUGAACUCUGCACAAAAAAUGUCUAUUACUAAACUGACCGUUGUAUUAUAAAUUAUACGACCGAGUGAUUGAGCUCGACAAGGUAUGUCACUUUGUACACUAAUAAGAUAAGAGAGACACAUGUCAGAGGGGAUCGAUGUUCUUCUUCUGGUUCCUUCACUUCUGGGUCGUUGAAGCUGAGCGGAGCUCUUGUUGAUGUCUCGUUGAUUCUCUCUUUCUCUCAACUUUGUUAUACUAAUCGUUCUCGGAAUAAAACCGUUUGAGCAAGAAAUCUGCCAUUACUGACCAA